CAAUAAAUCUUUAUUAGCAUAUACAAUCCCCCACUUAUUAUUUUACAGUUAAUAACUAUAAUGGAAAAUGAAUUGGAAGAGAUAGAGCGGCCACCGAGUGUGCGCCGCACAUUCACACUUCGCCAUAGUGCGGCACGACAAGUUGCUGUCAAUUUCAUGCCAUCUCGACAACUGUCAUUUAAUACCCUUCGGUUGCGCCGCACGAAUUCCGAGCACAAUGCCCUCCUGGAAGACGCUGUUGCUGCGCCGGAUGAAGUCGACGCUGACAAACGCGCCGAGCUGAUAGUACGCGAGAUGGAACAGCACCAACGGCUUAUGGAGAACAACCCCGAGGCUGAGGAGCUACGGAGAGAGGCACUCCGGGACCUGCCCCAAGGUCUGACGAUGAAGAGGAACGUCAGGGCUAAACUGUCCGCGUCAGUCAGUCUACGCUCCCGGCAGCGGCCCAUCUCCUGUUUCAAGAGAUUGAAGUAUAGGAUUAGUUUCGCCUUCAAAAGAUUGCAGGAUAGGUUCCGUGACUUCACCUUCUCGAUCGAGCUGUGGUACAAAGCGAUCCGCAAUAUAGAGGGUCACUUCGGAUCCGCGGUGGGAUCCUACUUCUACUUCCUCCGCUGGUUGUUCGCUCUGGACCUGAUACUCUGCGUGCUGCUAGUUGCGUUCGUUGUGGUGCCACAAGCGAUGUACACCUCGGAUAGGAAUACCACGCUUGAUAGAGGUUUUGUGGACAUCAUCGCUGGUAAGGGUGCAUUCGAAGACUCCAUAUUAUUCUACGGUCACUACGAGUCUGGUGACGUGUCUGGAUCUGGUCCUCCAUACUACAUGUCCUUUGCUUACUUCUUCACGAUGAUGUGCCUCUACCUGAUGUUCUUCGGUGUGCUGUGCUACAGAACAGCUGAUUCGUAUCGGCGCAACUUCAUAGAGACUUCCGAUGGUCUGAGUCAUCUGUUCGCCAACAAAGUGUUCUGCGGAUGGGACUUCAAUAUCGUCACCGCCCAAGCGGCAGCGCUGAACGCACGUAGUAUUUACAACGAGUUCAAGGAACUUCUCAACGAACGGAACAAAAAUAAUCAGUCUACGUAUUUCUGGACUCGUAUGGUGCGUUGCUUCACGAAUAUCGCCGUUACUGUACUGGUGUUAGGGACCAUAGCCGCUCUGGAAUACGGCCUGUGGCAGCUGCUGGCCACUGAACCCAGCCUGCCCAGAUGGGAGUUGGUGAUAUCGUUGGUUCUGUGCGCGGUUCUCGCUGUUUUACCCAUCAUAUUCGGGAUUAUAGUCAGAUUGGAGUACUACGCGCCCCGCACGGCGCUAUACGUGACCCUGGCGCGGACCUGGCUGCUGGACAUCGGCACGCUGCUGCUGCUGCUCGUCUACUGGUCGCAUUCCGAUUUGCCGUGUUGGGAGACGGCGCUCGGCCAGGAGACUUACCGCUUGGUGUUACUGGACACUCUCAUAUCGCUGUUCCUCCUGCCUCUGAUAGAGUUCUGUAGGGCUUUGCUUUAUAAAUUAAAUCCAAAAUGUUCGCCGCCAGAAUUCAACGUGGCCUACAACUCGUUGACUAUCAUAUAUAACCAAACCGUGUUAUGGUUCGGCAUGAUAUUCUCGCCCUUAUUGGUAGUGGCAGUAACGCUCAAAUUUCUGAUGCUGUUUUAUGUGAAACGCGAGUGCGCCAGGAGAGCUUGUCAGCCGGCGAGAAAGGUGUGGCGCGCUGCUCAGACUCAGACUGUAUUCUACAUGUUGGUGACGUUGUCACUGUUCGCUGCACUAUUCGGUCUUGGCUCUUUGUUUCUCAGAUCUUCGUCCCGGUCGUGCGGGCCGUUCCGUUCGUACGAGCAAGUGUACGGCGUGGUGACUGAGGGAGUGUUGCAGUUGCCGUCUCGGCCCACGCUCAAAGCAGCACUCGCGUUCCUUACUCGGCCUGGUGUCGUUGGCUCCCUGAUGUUAGCUCUCUGUGUAUCGGUGUACUACAUGCGUGCCCGCGCUCGAGCCCAGCAAUGCAUGGUGCGGAUGCUGCGGCAGAUGUUGCUGCUGCAGGCCAAAGAUAAAGACUUCCUGCUCGCUGCCAUCGCCAAGGUCUCCAAUGGAGGUUAG